AAUUCAUACUUUUAUAAUUUUUGGUACCUCAGUUACAUUUUUAUGCUAAAACUUUAACUCUAGUGAAACUUUAAAUUCAGGAUAUAUUUUAUUUCAUUACACAAUGUAUUUAAAUUUUUGCAGAUUCAAGCGAAUUGUCCAAAACACAAUCAGCAAAUACAUUAUGACUAUAGGGAUAUGAUAAUGUGUAAUUAUUACUUUUAUAAUUGUUGGUACUUGAUUAGAUGCUAAAACGAAAAAUGUCUUCCCGACGUUUUAUUUUGUUAACACCGGAAGCAGAGCGGCAUCGAAUCCGGCGCGCUUGACAGUGGUGUGGAAAAGAUGGCUGCUUCGGCGGCAACGGCGAGUUCUCCCCCCGGGUUGUGUGCGAAUUACGCCGUGAUUUGCUCCUUCCUCGAGCGGUACGGGCCGCUGCUGGACCUGCCGGAGCUCACCUUCCCGCAGCUGGAGCGAUAUCUGCGGGACACAUCCUCAGUGCCGAAGCUGCUGGUUGAUCUUCACGUCAAGCUGCUGAGGAAGAUCGGCAAGUCGGUGUCGGCGGACAGAUGGGAGAAGUACCUGGUCAAGGUUUGCCAAGAGUUCAACUCAACAUGGGCCUGGGAACUGGAAGAGAAGGGCUACAAGGAGAUGACGGUGGAGUGCAAGACGGGGAUGCUUAAAUAUUUGUGCGAGUGUCAGUUUGACGAUAAUGUCAAGUUCAAAACCGCCAUCAAUGAGGAGGACCCGGAUAAAAUGCGGCUGCUGCCGAUUGGCCGCGACAAAGACGGCCAGAUGUACUGGUAUCAGCUGGACCAGGAGGACAACGUGCGUGUCUACGUGGAGGAGCAGGACGACCUGGACGGGUCCUCGUGGAAGUGCAUCGUCAGAGAUAGAAACGACUUGGCCGGAGUUGUGGCUCUGCUGAAGACUCAGAUCGACCCCGAGCUGUUGAAAAGGGACGAGCUGAAAAAGGAAAAAGAAGGUGAAGUUAAAAAGGCCGACACUACAUCGGAUGAAGACAACAAAGACUCCAGCAAAGCUACCGGCCCGGUCUCGCCAAAGACGGAGAGCAGCGAGAAAGUGGCACAGGAAGAAACCUAUUCCGAGGCCAAAUCGUCGCUGAACGGCGUCGUCGAAAGCAAAAGUGAAGCGGCACUUUGUUCAGAAAACAUCGGUACAAAAGCCCAGAACAUCAAAGAAGAGCCGAUGGAGGUGUCCGACACUGCAACGACCACCGCGCCUUCACCGAGUCUACCGGUGAAGGCAGAAAAGGCAGAGGAGGCCAAGAGGAGCCGAGCCGAGGAGAUCCAGCAGGCUCUGAAGAACGACCAGCAGGCCAAAAUCCCUCUGAAGAAAAGAGGAAUGAAGUUCAGCGAAGACUUUGAAAAAAACAGUAGUAGCACGGUGCAAAAUAAUCCAUCUGUGCCGCAGGUCCGGGACGCCCCCACAGGCGACGCGACGUCUGAACAGACAAAGAAAGCACCGAGUGUAAACGAUCACGUUAAUGGUGAAAUUAAGCCGCCGUCGGAGAAAGACCUCCAGAGUCGUUCGAGCGAGUCGGUCAAAGGCGCCGCAGUCGACAAAGAGCAGACGACGGAACCCGACGUGGGUACAUCUGUCGCAGCGAGAGAAAAUCACUCGGAAAAGGAGAAAGAUAGAAAAGAUGACGCUUGCGGUGCAAAGGUCACAGAGGCGGUCACGUCACAUCAAGCAGACGUGGAUAAGACAACUGUAGCCAUGCAGGUGGAAAAGGGAAGCAGUGCAGCAACGGAAGAGAAAGAAGCACACGAGUCUCCGCCAACACCAAAAGAAGAAUCGCCACCUGUUUCUAAAGAUGUAAAUAACACAUCGGAGAAGUCUUCCGGUCAGGAACAGUCGGAGGAACCGAAGGAGAACCCAGUCGAUACAGAAGAGUCUAGUCCUGUUAGCAAAACGGCCACGUUAAAGGAAACUGAUAAAACGUUAACAACGGGUGAGUCGAAGAACCUGAAUUUAAAUCACAAAGCUGCAUCCAAAGAAGCAGAGUCAAAAGAUCCAGAGGAAAAACCAGCCGGCGACAACAAGGAUUCAUCAGAGUCCGGUCAGACCGAGGAAACGAAGACGUCGUCAAAGGGAACGGAAGAUGUUCCAGACGUGAAGAAAACACAAGUGAGUGAGAAGGACGAUAAAGAAAUGGCAGCAUCUGAGCCGAACGUCGAGAAAUGGGACGACUCUGCACAGAAAGAGACGCCGGGAGUCUUAAAAACGACAGAGACGCCGUCUGCCGGCAAAGAUCCUCCAGAGAAACCGGAUGACUCUGAGAACACGGCGUCGCCAUCCGUCAUCAAAAAGACAGAAAUGUUAAAAGACGGCGGUGAGGCAGAGACUCCGGACGUCACAAACGGUUCUGCUGUCGUUAAAAAGGCAGAUGAACCGUCAGUCGCUGAGACAUCAGAGGAAACGCCCAACGUCACGGAGAGCGCGGCGUCUUCCGUCAUCAAACCGGUUGAUAAAUCAGAACCGUGUAAACCUACCGAGAAGACGGACGAGAAAAAAGACACGGAGAUGACUCCGGAGAAAGCCAGCGCAGCCUCAGAAGAGCCCGAGAAGACGGAAAAGCCAGAGGAUCUAACGAAAACCAUCAACUGUGAAGACGACAGGAUACGUGAAGUUACCAAGACAAGCGACGCUGCGUCAGUGCCAAUGGAGGUCGAGGCCGGGGCCGUUAAAUCUGACCUGCCAAAGCCACAAGAGCAGGACGGAACUGAGAGGAACUCUUCCGUACGAAAAACAACCGAGGAAACAUCUGACGGGAAAGACAAACCAUCCAGUCCGCUUGAGAAGAUGGACGUGUCCGAAGAAACGGACAAAACGCCCAACAAAGACGAGGAAAAGGAGUCCGCCGAAACGCCGAAACAAAUCGAGACGGAGCAUCCUUCAUCGGAAAGCAAAACGGAUUCUGACAAGGGAAGUGAAAAAGACGCAGACGGUGAAAAGCUUACAAACGACAGCGAGGAGCACCUCAAAGAAAGUAAAGAGGAUUCUACGAUAGGCGAACCAAUAAAAACGGAUGAAGCAAAGGAGAAGAAACAAGCUCCUAAAGAAAGUGAAAAAUCAACCAAAACGGAUAAAUCUGAUCACCGAGAGGCGAACAAAGAAGCUGAUGCCGAACCCUCAACGGAAACUGAAAGGGCCGGCGACCCGAGCAAAGAACCAUCAACCGACAAGCCCACCGACGAGGAGAGCAAGAGCAAAAGUGAAGAAGAAGAAUCCGCAACAAAGAAAGAGGUGGCAAACGGCGGCGAGGCUCCGUCACACGUUCGGAAGGCGGGUGCUCGCCGAAGAAUCAAGCUCCCGGCCCACCGAAGGAGAGCUGAGCUUCAGACAGAGGAGAGACAAGGGGACUCCGAGUCCGACACGAACACGGGGAGGUCUCUCCGAAGAUCGCCGAGGAUCUCCAGGCCGACGCCGAAGGCAGUAGAGAUCCACGACAGGAAGAUGGAGAAAUCGCAGGCUGCUCCUCCGGCUGAGGACGACGACGGCAAGGCCGAGAAAGAAAAAGAUGAGGAGGAGGAGGAGGAGGAGGAAGAGGUGGUGAAGGCUGUCCAAAGGAAACCGAGAGAGAAAAAGGUUGAUCAGGAGGGUCAGCCCAAACCCAAGGGGAGGAAGCGACGGAAGGUUCGGUGGUCCAACACUCGAACACGCCGCAAAAAGAAAAGCUCGGAGGACGAAGAGGACAACAGCGGCGAGGAGUCCAGCGAGGAGGAGGAGGAGAGCGAGGACGACAGCGACGAGGACUACAAGGUGGAGCGGAACAGAAAGAGGCGGAACCGGAACCGAGAGAGACGGAGCUCGGACUCGUCCACGUCCUCGGACGACGACCUACCUCCAAACGACGACCCCUGCAAACACUGUGGUCUUCCAAAUCACCCUGAGCUGAUCUUACUGUGUGAUUCGUGUGACAACGGCUACCACACGGCGUGUCUGAGGCCGCCGCUCAUGAUCAUCCCCGACGGAGAAUGGUUCUGUCCGCCCUGCCAACAUAAGCUGCUCUGUGACAAACUAGAAGAGCAGCUGCAGAACCUCGACGCCUCUCUGAAGAAGAAGGAACGAGCGGAGAGAAGGAAAGAGCGUCUUAUUUACGUCGGAAUCAGUGUUGAGAACAUCAUCGACCCCUCGGUGGCGGUGGAGGAAGAGAAGCCAGAGAUCGUAAUCAAAGAGAAGAAAGAAGUCAAGCGAAGCAGGAGCUGGGGUCGAAGGUCGACGAGGACAAAGAAAAACAUCAGCUACAGAUUUGAUGAAUUUGAUGAGGCGAUCGAGGAGGCGAUCGAGGAAGACAUCAAAGAAGCAGAGGGUGGAGGUGUUGAUGAAGGGGGUUCAUUGUCUGCAGGAGCUGGUCGUGGUAAAGACAUGGCCAACAUCACAGGCCACAGAGGGAAGGACAUGGCCACCAUCAUCCAGGCGGAGGAGGGCAAAGAGAACGGCCAGCCGCCGCCCAAACCCAGCGCCGGGCAGCGCAAGAAAAAACGCCGGCGACUCAACGACCUGGACAGCGACAGCACCGCCGACUCAGAGGAAAGCGAGGACGAGUUUCGCAUCAGUGAAAGCUCAGAAGAAGAGUUUGUCGUGUCAGAAAACGAGUCCGAGGGCGACACGGAGGCGGAAUCCGACAACAGCAACGGGAGGCGUCGCACGUCUUCGCGGAGAAGGAAGCCAGCCAAACGACGGCGAAGCGCCCGAAAGCGCCGGAAACCAAGAGGUUACUCGGACGAUGAGGAAGACGAGACGGACGAGGACGACGACGAAGAUGAAAUGGUGACCGAAGGCUCCAGCGAGUUCAGCGACAGUGAUCUCGACAUGAGUCGACGACGUUCCCGGCGGAGUCGCAAGAAGCAGGUGAACUACCGCGAGACGUCAGAGUCCGAAGGCUCUCAGGCAGAAGCCAAACGGGCAAAAAUGAAACCCCGACAUCUCCAGGACAGCUCGGAGAGUGAAGCGAGUUUCUCCAGAGACUCUGAAGAGGAGUCGAAGGACCGGAGGGUGAAGAGGAGGGCCGAUUCCUCAGAGGAAGACUCGCGGCAGCGACGCAGACGUCUUGCGUUGAAACGCAGGAGAGCGUCUGAAGACGACGACUCGGACGAUUCGUCCGACGACUCUUCGGAGGAGGAUCGUCCCGUCCGCAAAAGGGUGAACCGCAUCGACUCGGACGAUGACGACGAGGAACAGGAGGAGAAACCAAAGGAGAAGAAGGCGGAGGAGGAGGAGGAGGAGGAGUCAAAGGGAACAAAUCCAUUGGACAGCAAUCAGGCAGAGCUGCCACCCACCAACGGACAGAGCCCGGUAAAGAGCCCUGAGGGCUCGAUCAGCCGGCCUGCUGCUGCCGCCGCCGCAGACCUGGAGCCGCCCAAAAGCGUCAGCGCAACACCAGCCGCCGCCGCCGCCAUCGCACCAAACGGUGUGGCUGGUCAGGAGGUUGCAGCGCAGGAGGAAGACGAAGACGACCUGUUAGGAGUCACAGACCUAGUGGACUACGUCUGCAAUAACGAACAAUUGUAAAAAAAGAAAGAAAAGAAAUCAACAACAACAAAACAAAAUGGUGUACUGUUUAAUUUUUUUGUGGUAUUGUAUUUUUAUAUUGCUUAACUUUAUUAUUCCCUACCCCAGCAACACUUCCUCGUCGUCCUUUUUACUCGCGCGUCACGUGGAGCUCGAUUCUUGGCCGAUCUCUGCCACAGUAAGAACUGGAUCUGUGGCCAGUCUGACGCUGUCCCUGUGGGAUUGUACAGUAACGAACAACGGCACCAACGCAUCACCUGCAAAACCAACCACGUCGUCCAGCUCCACUGCCAAACCACCUACUUCCUCUAAAACCGUGUCACUCGUCAGUUUCUCCUGUCACAUCGUCCUUCUUCAUUCUUUUUUUUUGUGCCACAUCCGAGAACUCAUCAUCGUAUCAAUUCAGCUCCGUUACCCAACGGCAUGUUGGGAAAAUUGGCACUGAAGCUGUUUUAUUGUGUAGAGAAAAUGCCUGGAGAUUAUCUGAAUGCUAAACAACUGGGACUCAACCGUAUCUGGGAGCAAAGCAUUCCAUGAAGUUCUGGGCAUCAGAGAUGAAUCUUGGCUUUUACAUUUUUAUCCCUCGAAGGUUUGACAGGUUCGUGACAGUGUUUUCAGAUGAGAGGAUUGAUGCCACUCUCUCCCUGCCCGUCUCUUAAAUUUAAGCUAGCAGCCACUUAGCUUAGCUUAGCACAAAGACUGAUUUUACUCUUGAUGAGGUUGAAGGGAGGAACAUUUUCUUGUCAGAGAGAGCCAAGCUAAAGCUCGCUAUGCUAACAGUAGCGGCUCUGCAAACUGAAGCUAGCAAAUGGGCGCUAAGCGCUAUGGCGCUCAUUUGUGCCACAGUGUGUAAAACUAUAUAUAGAUAUAUAGAUAUAUAUAUAUUGGGGCUACUUUGGGCAGAUGUAAGACCAAAGUUAAAACAGUGCGUAACAUUUUCAUUGUUCCCUACAGGUGAUGAUCUGACCUAGCAUGUGUCUGUUCUCCUCUACCUGCUGCUUAGCUGCUAGCAAACCAGACUUAGCAAUGUUAGCUAGCUAGCUAUCUUCAAUUUCUGGGUCCGGUCUGCUGAGCAAAUCAGCGCUUGUCCAAAGGACGGACACUCGUGUGACGUGGUCUUCUGGCCUUUACAUCCUAAAAGCCUGUUCGCGACCCUGACAAGUAAAAUGCGGCUUAUUUGACAAGCUAACGUAGCGGUUGCGAACAGUACGUUGCAAGUAGUGAUUUGCGCCAUCGGCGGUCCCUGAUGAAGACUCGGGACAGGAAGUGUUAUUUGUCUUCCCGCCCUCGGGGACCUUGAUAUUGUAAGUGACGCUAAUGAUGCUGCUUUCACAAUGUAGAUGAACAACAGCAGUUAUUCCAACAUGGGAGAGCUCGCGCUUUAGUCCAGGUGGUCAGCCUCCAUAUGUACGUGCAGUUUUGAAAUGUAUUUGUAUGUUGGUUCAUUUUUGGUCCAACAAAGCUGCAGUAUGUGUUUCACAAAGACAGAGUACUGAACAGUAGUACUCCAGGAAGGUUUGCUUAUUGUUCAUAUACCAACGUACAAUAUUUGCAGCAUGACCUUGUUAUCCCGUCUUUGCGCCAAAUCCUUGGAUGUUCCAGUGUCUGUAAAGCUCAAUGGUCAACUUCUUAAAUCUAAUUAUGUCAAUUAACAGAUAGGUUCAUAUUUGCGAGUGGUAUCAAUUUUCUCCUCCAGAAAGCAAAUUCCCAAAAUGUCAAACUUUAUUUCUUCCGAAAAGCUUUUAGAUGACACUAUUUAUUGAUCUUCUGUUUGGGGGUGGGUGGAUGAUCAGCUCCUGUUGGAUCACAUAUUGGAUAAGCUAACCCGUCACACACCCCAGAUGUGUGUUUCAGCCUUUGACCCUGGAUAUUGAAGCGUCAUGCAGAUAUAUUCAACCCUUUGCAUCAUAUGAAGGCGUGAGUGUAUUGAUGCGACCAAGCAGUCGACCAGCGUUUCAUUUCUCUGCCCAUCACCUGAACAUUUUUUUUUUCUUCUGUUGAACGAUACAGCAGCUUUUGUAUAUUGUUAAUCAUGUAUAAUAAUAAUUGUGUGACAUCGUAUCUGUGCUGAGCUCCCGGUUCGUUUGUUUGUUUUGUUUUUUGGGGAAAUGAAAAUCAGAAGUCAAAAUCUCGUCCCUCCUAAAUCCUGAAAUCUAGUCUAGUUUCCUCGUAUAACAUCCAUGUUAACGUUUGUGAUAUUAUUUUCUCUUAUAUAUAAAUAAUGAUGUAUUUUUUUUGUAUAUCUUAACAUUUAUUUGUUGUCGUCUCUCGUCUGAAAUGUAAAGUGUCUUAUUUUCUUAGUACGUCGUCCUUCGUAGAAGGUUCACAAACCUGCAGAACUUUUUAUUAACUAAUACAACACAAAACACAACGACCCUCUCUUUUCUUUUCAUUUUUGUUUCCUUUAAUCCACUCCUCUGGAUCUUCCUAGGUUUCCAUUCACAUCCUCUUGUUUUCAUAAUCUUGACUUGACGGUUGGAUCAAGAUUGUGAAAAAUAAAAACAUCUUAAUGGACAAAAAAAGAGUUAGUGAAGCGUCAGGAUGCAGCUGUUUGUCCACAGGGAGAAGGACAGAAAAAGAUUUUGUUUUGUUUGUUUGUUUUUUAUGAAACCACACCAAUGACGUGUCUGACCUCUGCUGGAACCAGUCUGUGUGUAUAUCUGUAGUUUUGCUGUAAAAUAUUUAGAGGCAUUUUUGUAAUCAUGGAUAAAAAAAACAAAAAACUAUAUUGGGCAAUUCUUUUGGGAUUGCAUGAGUUUCUAAUAGUUUUCUUUUUGUAGGGAAAUAAUAUUGGCACAACGACAUUUUUUCUUCUUCUUUUUGGACCAAAAGCAGAAAACGUUGGCAUGUUUUUUUUGUGUUUUUUUUUUUAAGGAUGUCUGUUUUCUCCCCGACCUGUUGCAUCAGUGCUGAAGGACUCGUGAAGUACAGACGGCGUGACAGGGACGCAUGCGCUGACCCACUAACAGGCAUGUUACAGGAGCUCGGGGGCGGCGGGAACUCAUCGUAGGAGAUGAUCGAGGACGUCCGAACGCCAUCAAAGAGAGGAAAUGUAGAAUAUUUUGUAAAUUAAGUCUCCGCAUGGUCUUCGCAGAGGAUGAACCACUCUAUUUAUCAGAGCCUUUUUUUGAUACAUGACUCCCAAGACAUACAGAACCUACAUGUGCUGCUCGCAGCGCGUACGACGCUUCUUAUACACAAUAUUUAGCUCUUUUUUUUAGAUUAGUCGGGACAGAACGUAGCGAACGCCACAGAUGUUGAUAGAACGGGUGUGUUCUGCUGAGUGCAGGCGUGUGGACGUCCCGUGUGCUGUAAGUGACCCUGUUCAAUAUUCAUCACAAGAGAUGAGGGGAAUGUAUUCAUAUGUAUCUCGCGGUUAUGAAAUAGCCGGUGAGCAGGACAUGCACAGGAGGAGGAGGAGGAGGAGGAGGAGUGACGGGAGGAAGUCGGUGCCAAUGACAGAAAGUGUUAAGAGAGUUUUCCUAUUUACCUCAUGAUGAAGACGCCCUGUCCACUGUGUACAGACCCCGGUCGGCCGGGCGCUGGUGUUUCUCGUCUGCUCCUUUUUGUUAACUUUACCGUUAUUUCUUAUGAAUCUGAUCUUGUACAUUUGUCAUAAUAAAAUGGGUUUUAUGCCUCACGUCA